GCCGAUAACGUGGCUUGAACACCAGCAUGUGCAUUGUUGUACGUUUCAACAAGUGUAAACAGGUCCUUUUUACUAAUAAUUAAUAGGCCCGCAGAAUAGGAGAACUGGCGGUCAUGUGUACAAGGAAGUAGUGUGUGGUAGCAGGUCCUUCGAGCUUACUUCUGUAUCUGUAUAGCCAGUAUAACAGCCCUUCGGUGUAACACAUGAACACCAGCUUCGAACACUACUUGAGGCCUGCCACUGUGGGUGUGCUUGUUAGGUUGUUUUGAUAGUUCUGAUACCAUGGCGAUUGUGUACAUCUACGGUACCCGGCUAUUCGGGUCCUGCGAUUACUUCACUGUGGAGGGGCAGGAAAUGUACGUGCGAACGUUAUUCCACCACUGCAACUCCAUGCCGUAUGGGCCCAAAGAGAGUUACCUGUUCCUGCCAGACGGCCGAGCUAUCGAGCUUCCGGAGGUGGUGGGCAGGUCGGUGGGGUGGGCGUGGCUUCGGUACCUGGCCUGGGAUAGCUUCCUCAUCCUCAUGGUUGUGGCUGUUAUCCAACUAGUAAGGGGACAUUCUGAUGUAACGUGGCCGUGGGCGCUGCUUGGGUUGUCCGUCGUGUGUCUGUUCGCCGCCAUUUUGCUCACUGUCUACAAGCCGAAAGCCAGCGAGAAGAGCAAGCAGGAGUACCUCAACAUGGUCGGCCUGGUGGUGGUGCAGCGGUUCCUACAAGAGCUGGCGGCUGCCGAGGCCGCGGAUCACGGCAGCCCCGAUCAGGAAGCUGUCCAACUCGUCGAAAUGCAAGAUCAUGGUCACUGA